AUGCCUUCUUCAGAACCCUUGCAAGUCGAGUUCGCAGCCCCUGUUGAAUCGACGAUUGUCGAUUCUGCACGGGAAGAUCAAUUCCUCAACCAGUCGGAGAAGGAGAAGCUCCCAAAAGGCAAGAGCGAUGAGACGAUGACAAGUGUCGUGGUUAGAGAUGUGAAUGUGGAGGAGGGACAUAAAGGGGGACAAAGGGGUAAAGAUAGUGCUAGAGAGUGGGGAAAGUUUAAGAAAUGGUGGGGGUCCUCCUUUUUCCGAGCGCUCAGGAAUAAAGCAUAG